AUGACUGUGACAUCACUCCAGUGGUUUGGAGAAGCCGGAAGUGAAUACAGGGAAAUUACAACAAACAUAGCGAGGACAGUUACUGAUCCACACGAAGAGCUCGGGGGAAUAAAACAAGACUGAAAACUAUUGUCGUCUAAUCUUCACACUUCAUCAAGUGGAACCAGGAUGUCGAGCAUGGAGAAGCAGUUGUUUAACCUCAAGUUUGCAGCUAAAGAACUUCAGCGGAGCUCCAAGAAAUGCGACAAAGAAGAGAAAGCAGAGAAGGUCAAGGUCAAGAAGGCGAUCCAGAAGGGCAAUAUGGAGGUUGCACGGAUACAUGCAGAAAACGCUAUCCGCCAGAAGAACCAAUCAGUGAACUUCCUUAGAAUGAGCGCGAGAGUGGAUGCAGUGGCUGCACGAGUACAGACGGCUGUCACCAUGAACAAGGUCACCAAGUCUAUGGCUGGGGUGGUGAAGGGCAUGGAUGCAACCCUGAAGAGUAUGAACCUUGAGAAGAUUUCAGGUCUGAUGGAUAAGUUUGAGCGUCAGUUUGAAACUCUGGAUGUACAGACGGCUCAAAUGGAGGACACGAUGAGCAGCACCACAACACUGACCACACCACAGGGUCAAGUCGAUUCUCUGAUGAUGGAAAUGGCGGAUGAGGCCGGGCUGGACCUCAAUAUGGAGCUUCCUCAAGGUCAGUCAGGAUCAGUGGGAACCAGUGUAGCAUCUGCAGAACAGGACGAGCUCUCUCAGAGACUGGCCAAACUCAGAGACCAGGUUUAAGGAAGAACCCGGUGUGUGUGUGUGAGAGAGAGAGAGAUUGUGUAUGUGCCAGUGUGUGAGAAACAUAUCCCCUGUUUACUGACCCCUGGACAUAUUGGCCUCAUUGUUUAAUUGUGUUUAGUUCAGUUUAUUCAUUUGAGGGGUGUGUGCAGAUGUUUGAGGGUGUGCAGCUUUCCUUAUCCACUAGAACACACCGAAACCAAACCGUAAUGACACGCUGGAAACUGAAUCAGACAAAAUUAGAUAUGUUAUUUGGUAACGCUGCUGUCAUCAGGAUUGUUCUGGGGUCCUGCUCUCCCUCAGUCCAUAAUAAUUGGUAUAAAGAUUAUAAUAUUGCUUGCAACA